AUGGAACCUCUCAUUAUGGGAGAAAAUAAAAAUACAGAUGAACUAUCCUCAAUAUGGCGUAAAAGAUUUAUAAAUGCACUUAAAAUCACAACUAAUAAUGCAGAAACAGACCAGACAGCUCGGCAGAUUGCAACAUUACUCAUAAAUCAAAAACAAUCCAGCACUAUUACAAAGUUCUGGAAGCAGUUAAAAAUUGAUAAAACUUAUGAAAGCGCUCAAGAGAGACUUCAGAAUAAAAAGUCUAUAUUCAAGGUAAACUCGCAAAUUGAUGCACCAGACAUUUUGGAGGUUUUUAGAACAUAUCAAACCAUUCAAGUUACUAAGAUAGAAGAAGGGUCGGAACAAGCAUUAUCAACACAAUAUGCAUACAAGCUACCAAUCAACAAAAUGAAUAAAAGUAUGCUCGAUAAUAUUAUAAGAGAAAUUGUUAUAGCAACUAAUGGAUCUCUUUUAAAUGAUUUAAAGAUAUGA